UCUUUCUUCCCAUCCAAGCUUUUGCUCUUGUUGCUUUUGCUACCCUUACCUCGUGCUUCCUUUCACACACACACACCCCUUGUCUCACCGCAACAUCGUAAGCAGGUGCAUCAACCAACCUUUACCCUCGUCGUCAAAAACGUACAGCGUAAUCCCAGCAUCCCUUCCAACAUGGGUUCCGUCUCCAACAACGGCGAGGCCAAUGGCAACAGUUUCGACGUGGCCGUGGCCCUCAAGGCGGCAGACCCGGAGAGCGUCUCUAGCCUAGCCAGUGAGAUCGCUGCUCUCGGCAGCGGCUCGGUCGAGCAUGACGAGGCUCGUCUAAAGCUCCUGAAGAAGGCACGAUCGCUCGUCCAGGCCUUGGAGACUCCCCGAGAGACCAUGAUUAAGCAUCUUUGGGCUCAGCCCACCCUCUCGUCUGCCCUCUCCAUAGGCGUCGAGUCCGGCCUGUUCACUUUGAUGGUGCAGAAGCGAGGUCCUUCCACCGUCGAAGAGCUCGCCGAGUCUCUGAAGGCGAGCCCGCUACUGCUGGCCCGUCUGCUUCGUCAUAUUGCUGCCAUGGGUUACUUGAAGGAGGUGGGCGAGGACAAAUACGAGCCAAACAACUUCACCAAGUCCCUUACCAUCCCCAUUAUUGGAGACGGUUACCCUUGCAUUCUCGGAAGCUUAGUCCCCGCCGCCUCCAGUCUGACGGGGUACUUCCUCAAGAAUGGCUACGAACCCCCGUCGGACCCCAAGGCGGGUCCCCUGCAGGUGUACUGCAACACCGAGAUGAACUACUUCGAGUACGUCCAGGCCAACCCGCCAUGGGGCAAGUACUUCAACCACCACAUGGGCGGCUACCGCCAGGGCCGUCCCUCGUGGAUGGACGACGGCUUCUUCCCCGUGCAGGAGCGGCUCAUCGACGGCGCCGACACCAGCUCCCCCGAGUCGGCGCUGCUCGUCGACAUCGGCGGCAGCAUCGGGCACGACCUGGACGAGUUCCGCCGCAAGUACCCCGACGCGCCCGGGCGGCUGGUGCUGCAGGACCUCCAGCGCGUGCUGGACCAGAUCGUCGAGCUGGACGCCCGGAUCGAGCGCGUGGCCUACGACUUCCACACCGAGCAGCCCGUCAAGGGCGCGCGCGCCUACUACAUGCACUCGGUCCUCCACGACUGGACCGACGAGGUGUGCGGGAGCAUCCUGGCCCAGGUCACCGCCGCCAUGAAGCCCGGAUACAGCAAGCUUCUCAUCAACGAGAACGUCAUCCCCGGCACGGACGCCGACUGGCAGGCCACGGCCCUCGACCUUGUCAUGAUGACGCUCUUCUCCUCCAAGGAGCGCACCGACGCGGACUGGCGCAGGCUCCUCGGUAAGGCGGGACUCAAGAUUGUCAAUAUUUGGGGCAAGGGUGAGGGCGUGGAGAGCCUGAUCGAGUGCGAGCUGGCUUGAGGGGGGUGUGGUAA